ACCUGUCCUCAUCCUAUCGAGUCGAGCGAGAAGCAGAACCAUUCAGAGACCAUGUCUACAGAACUCUUUUCAUCCUCAAAAGAAGAGGGAAGGUCUCGCUCAGGACCCAGUUUUAGGUCCAAUCAGAGGAAGAUGUUACACCUGCUCCUGGAGAGAGACUCUUCCUUUACCAUCUGUCCAGGUCUCCUUAGAUCUCCAAUGGACAAACUCCUUGGCGAUUCUGCAAAUCUAAGCAUUUUGUCUGGAGGAACUCCAAAACGUUGCCUUGAUCUUACGAAUUUUAGCAGUGGGGAGAUGUCUGCCACUUACCUUACCACUUCUGCAGACCUUGAUGAAACUGGUAGGGAAAACGGAGGUCACUUGGAUUCUUCAGGGCCUCAGGAAGUACAGUUAGCUAGGAUGAAUCACCACCAGUAUGCUAUGAAAGGCAGCCCAGCACAGCUGCUUUGUAGCACUCCCAAUGCUUUGGACCAUGGCCACAAAAAGAAAGAUGCAAUGCAUAGUUUAACUGCAAAUAAAGAAAAUGAUAAAAACACUUUUAAGGCCUUGGAGUGGCAGACACCCAGGAACCUGAGGUUUCAAAAAAGAUCAGGAGGUCCUUACAUGUCUUCCCCUUCUGUGCUAGACAAUGGGAAGUUUGCAGAAAGUGAAAUGAAAUAUUUGGGCAGUCCCAUUACUACAGUUCCAACAUUGGAUAAAAUUCCAAAACUUGAAGACCAGGUAGAAGAGAUUUCAAAUGUGUUGAUGGAAUUUUCCCUAGAAGAUCAAGAAGGCACUGAGGGUUUAUGUUUAAAGAAGGAGGUCUCUUUCUGUGACACUAAUAUCACUCAGGUCCUGGAAGAAGAUUAUAACCAGAGGCCUCUGAUUGGUGAUUUUUCCAAGGUAUGUGUGCUGCCAGUCGUGUCAGGGAGACACCAGGAUCUGAAGUACAUCAACCCAGAAACAGUGGCUGCCUUACUGUCUGGAAAGUUCCAAGAUCUGAUUGAGAAGUUUUAUAUCAUUGAUUGCCGCUAUCCAUAUGAGUACCUGGGAGGACACAUCCAGGGAGCCUUAAACUUAUAUAGUCAGAAAGAACUAUAUAACUUCUUCCUGAAGAAACCCAUUGUCCCCUUGGACAUCCAGAAAAGAAUAAUCAUCGUGUUUCACUGUGAAUUCUCCUCAGAGAGGGGCCCCAGAAUGUGCCGCUCUCUGAGAGAAGAAGACAGAGCUCUGAACCACUAUCCUACCUUGUACUAUCCAGAGCUAUAUAUUCUCAAAGGCGGCUACAGAGACUUCUUUCCAGAAUAUGUGGAGCUGUGUGAACCCCAGAGCUACUGCCCUAUGCAUCACCAGGACCACCAGGCUGAGCUGCUGAGGUGUCAAAGCCAGAGGAAAGCUCAGGAAGGAAAGCGGCAACUGAAGGAACAGAUUGCUCUCCUAUUGAAGGACAUGGACCUGUGAUAGUGGAUGAAGAAGUGGCAGCAAGCCGGGUGCAGGGGCACGUGCCUGUAUUCCCAGUGGCUCAGGAGGCUGAGUCAGGAGGAUAAUGAGUUCAAAGCCAGUCUCAGCAAAAAGCA